AUGGCUCGUAUUCAGAUCCCUCUCGACGUCCUGACGUCGCGCCUGAACAUUCAGGAUCGCUUCGCAGGUUUUCGUAACACCUCCCUCUCAAGUCGAUUCGCCAAUAUGCGUCCCGUCGGCGAGUUCCUCGAUUUCAAACGUCUCUCCAAGCCAGCGAACUUCGCAGAAGUCCAGUCGCGUGUUAAUUACAACCUGGGCACCUUCUCGAGUAACUAUGCUUUGGUCUUUGUGCUCCUUAGCGUCUAUGCAUUGAUCACAAAUCCUCUACUACUCUUUGAUAUCGUACUCCUGGUUGGUGGUAUGUGGUUACUUGGCCGACUCAACGGCCAAGAUCUCACCAUUGGCACCUUCCAGGCUACGACCUCACAGCUGUAUACCGGCUUGCUCUGCGGUCUAGGUGGUCGGCCGCGAGCUCCCAAAUUUGCGCCCCAAUGGGGAAGACCAUCGAGGCGCCCGAGGAGGGGAUAUGGAGAAGAGGAGGAUGAUGACAUCUGGGGGACCGGGCGCAGGGUUGUUGAGGAGUUGUUGGAUAGUGAGGGUACAGACACACAAGGCGCUGAAAAUGGUGGGAGACGGUUUGCUAGUGACCCACUUCGGUUUACUGGUAUAGAUUUGGGCGGUGGUGGUCAGGCACGGAACGGUUAUGCUUAUCAACAUUCAGAUGAAGAGGACGAUGACGAUGACGGCAAUUCGACAGAGGACGGUACACAGGCUACAUCAGAAGAGGAGGAGGAUACCGACGAUGAAAAUCAAGUCGUUAGGAGGGAACUUGAGGAGGCUCUAGUACAGUCAGCUCUUUCAAGAAUACGGAAGGCUCAGAGUAAGGGCAGGCAGGACGUUAAACUUAACAAGGAGGAGCUCGCCGCUCUUGAUCGCAGAAGGAAACGCUUACAGGCCGAAGCCGAGGCUGCAAAACGUGGCGGCAAUCGAAAACAACGCAAAGAAAAGGAACAACGAUACGCCGUCCCCCUUUCUCAGCUCGAUCCUUCACGAGGCCCGUCUGGUUCUAACGAGUCUUUGGCUCGCAAAGCCUUGCCUUCGACAGAACAGGGUCCACCUAUGGGACGCUUCCAUCCGCCGAAUGCUAGCCGUUCCCGUCCUCGCUCCGGUACAUCGUCGACAUCAUCUACGCAGCGUCCUCGGUCGCGCAUAAGAGAUUCCCCUCCCUUUGACUAUCAAUAUGUGAAUGCACCUCCUAAUCAACGUCACAUCUCUGAUCCUUCAGGAAGACCUUCAUCUUCGGCAUCAGCCCAAAAUCCCUUCCAAUAUCAGACUGCCGGUCCACGCGCGACGUACGCCGAUGGCGCUGCGGCCGUCAGGAGCAGUCCGAGGAGGCACAGAAGCCGAGCAAGGAGGGACGAAGAACAAGAGGACGAGACAACAAGUGAUGAUGCAGGGAAUAGGGAGAUUGUUGUAGCCACACCUUCACCGGAAUCUGAGCGGCACAAGGCUAAAAAGUCUUCACCUGGUCAACCGACUGCAAAGAAGAAGGCAACUAGUGGUGCUGGUAAAAGGCGAAAAGGGAAAUAA